CAGGUCAAUAAAUUUUAUCUUCACUAUCCCGAUCGCACCGUUGAUCUCAAAGACACUUUGUCCUGAGUACAUGAACUGUACAAGAGAGGCAAGUUUAGAAAAUUCUGUCUCCCUAAUUUUCUUGCGCAUAAAAUUGAAAGACCUUUCGAAUUACACGGGAGAACAAUUAUGUACAGCCUUCCAUACACCAAGGAAGCUAUAGUGCAAUCAACCGUAAACAGGAAACGCAAAUCUUUCCAGUUAUACGACAAUACAACAUGUCAUUCUACAGGCCUGCUAGCCAACGGAAGGACAUUCUUGCAGGCGAAGGCCAUUGGGAUUCAAAUUCACUGGUCAGUCAACCAAACCUGUCUCUAUUCAAUAGCCUUUAACACUUCGGGGUUUGGAUGACUCGAACGAGAUAUCUAGAAAAUGGGGAAUUGCAAAGUUCAGUCCUGCAUAUCGAUGGAUCAUCUAUCAUUCGAUGUUGAACAGUCAAUUUUGGGAUGCGAUAAUUUUCGGGGCAAAAAAGAUU